AAGGACCCCGUCUGCUUCUCCCAGCUCCGUGGGAAUCAUGGCUGCGCCGACGAAGGUGGCCUGCGCCUCCGCCCUGCUGGCGGCGCUUUGGGUGGGCAUCUGUUCUGCCGUCUGUGUUGAAGUCCCUUCGGAGACAGAGGCUGUCCAGGGAUCGCGCAUGAAGCUAAUGUGCAUUUCCUGUAUGAAGCGAGAAGAGGUUUCUGCAAACACCAUGGUGAAAUGGUUCUACAAGACUGAAGGAGGACAAGAUGUAGCUAUCUACGAAUACAAGAAUGAGAAACGGGAACUUGAAAGCCCCUUCCAGGGCCGGCUCGAAUGGAACGGAAGUGCAGAUAUGCAGGACGUCUCCAUCUCGGUCCUCAACAUCACGCUGAACGAUUCAGGGAUCUACACCUGUAAUGUCACCCGGGAAUUCCUCUUUGAGACCCACCGCCCCGUCUUCACCAGUUCGACACUGAUUCAUCUCACAGUGGUGCAGGACGCUGGAGAAGACUUAACAUCCGUCAUCUCUGAAAUAAUGAUGUAUAUUCUCUUGGUCUUCCUCACAUUGUGGCUCCUGAUCGAGAUGGUUUACUGCUACAGAAAAGUCUCCAAAGCAGAGGAGGCUGUCCAGGAAAAUGUUGCCAACUACCUCGCCAUCCCAUCAGAAAAUAAGGAAAACUGUGCUAUACCUGUGGAGGAGUAGGAGGUGCAAUUGCACCAGAGUGCAGUUUGCAACAAAGGAGCCCUGCAGACUCAAGGACUAACAAAUCGCUGCAGCCAGAUUGAAAGGAGUCCUGUUCCACGAGGUGGAGCCGUGAGGCUGUGUAAAUUCAUUUCU